GCCAAAGGCGCUCUUUAAAAAUUCCAAUCCUCUCUUCUCUCUUCCAAACCCCUAAUUUCUUCACUGUACAUCAAUGGCGAAUCCAACCAGAAGGGCUAGUGGCCCAGUGCUACGCUCAAACUCUCCGUCUGGAAGGUUCUACAGUUCUCCAUCGUCAAAUUCCUUUGCUUCCUCCACCUCUGCCUUCUCGUCCAGAUCAUCUUCGUUUUUUCAAAACCGAUCUGCGUCUCCUACGCGAGUUAAUCUGUAUGGAUCCUCGCCGUCUCCCUCGUUGUCGUCUGUACGGUUUUCUCUCGACAACCGUUCUAUUUCUCCUAGCCGUUCCAUCUCUGUGAUUCCUAGAGGGAAUAAUCAAGCGGCGAAGAAGCAGUUGCAGGCUCCCAGGAGGAUGUGUAUGUGUUCACCUACUUCGCAUCCAGGUUCGUUUAGGUGCAGCUUGCAUAAGAACUCUAACAACAGUCACAGCGCUACUGCGUCGUAUCCUUCGAACAGACUUAACGCGCGGAGAUCGGCGAUGACAAACUCGCUAGUCCGUAUAGGUACGGUAGAAGGCGGUGAUUUGGUGAGGAGAGCUCUUGCGGCGUUGAUUCGACCGUCGUCUCAUCAGCAGAGACGGAGAACUUCGUUUCAGCCUACGCCUAGUCGGCUAUCUGUCAUGACCAAAGCCGAUGAUCCGUGAUUUUUAAAUUUUCUAUAUGGUUGAUGGCUUUCAUAAAUGUUUGGGCUCUACGGAGCCAACCACGGUGGCGGUGAAUCAGAUCCCGGCGAUUCGGCGAUUGAAGAUGUCGGGACGGACAGUUUUUUAAAUUCCGGUUACCGAAAGAAAUCCUGAACUGGAUAGUAGAUUCCUCUGUGUCUAUGUAUAGUUAUAGAUGAGAAUAUAUAAAAAAAUCAUCAGUGGCUGCCAUCUAAUGGCUAAUGAAGCAGCUUCAAGUUUCUAAACAAAAAUUGAUCACUUAAAAAUUUGGAAAUGAAAUCUAGCUCAACUAAAUCCCUCGAUUCGUUAGAAAAAUUCAGUUAAUCGUUUGAACAACCUAAAGAUUUGCUAUCCACGUGUCGUGAGCUUCCGUCUGUGUUGUUGAUCUCCGUAUCCAUAUUCAUCAUCGUUCCGUGAAGUUCGGUUCAUUCAAUUAUUCUCCUCCAUUCCGUCUCGUCUGGGUUGGGGUUUGAAGUUUCCGUCGACUCCUUUUGUUUCCCAUCCUCAAGUUCCCUCAUUUCUACUUCGUGUUCAGCGUAUCUGUACCGUCGUCCUAACGUAAACGUUAUUUUAUUUUUGUUAAAUAUUUAUUUCUGGUGAUAUUCUUAACGUUGUCUGCUGUUACUUGUUCAUUUCUGGUUGUUCUCUUAUUCCACAGGUUAUCAAUCACUUGGAUCGUCACGUUCACUCAUUAGAGACUUGAAGCUCGUUUUCUUAUGGAUCAUUAGAUCUAUAUAAGGCUAAUUGUCCACAAACCACGUGCAGGUGAAUUGUCCAUUGACCUUUAAGGGAAGGUGGAGAUGGGGAAGAGGCGGGCACACCGGAUGUUCGGUUAAUUGUAAUCCUAAGCAGUUGAAAGUUGAGCACAGUUACCCAAAAGAAGUGGUUUUGUUUGUGGAUCUGGACUUUUAGUCAAAGAACUUGGGAGAGUCGUGCCGUACCGUAAUAUGUGUUUCAUUUACAACUGUAAGUGACCGCCAUCGACUAUCUUUUGCCUAUGCAUUUGUGGAGGAUUUGAUGGACCAUCGGACUCGUUCAAUACUACUCCUGAAAAUUGAAGAUCGUAAAACAACUAAGAAUCUUGCUAUAAAAUUAAUCAGCUGCUGUUGGCUGGGACCCUUCGAUUUUAAAAAAAGGGAAAGACCUGAACUUUAGAUGAACAAGAUUAUGAAGAUUCGAUAACUAUAAAAUAAAAAAGUAAUGGUACAAGAUAAUGAAAUGUUGCGAUUAGAAACAUCAUGAUCAAGUUGUAUUAAUGAAGUUAUUGGUUAGAUUAA